AUGUGGGGUUGGUUCGGUGGCGCUGCGGCCCAGAAGCGCAAGGAUACCCCCAAGAAUGCGAUCCUCGGUCUGCGAGCGCAGCUCGACAUGCUGCAGAAGCGCGAGAGACAUCUCCAAAACCAGAUCGAUGAGCAAGAUGGCAUCGCACGCAAGAACGUGAGCACAAACAAGAACGCGGCCAAGGCGGCCUUGAGGCGCAAGAAGACACACGAGCACUCGCUCGACCAAACCGUUUCACAAAUUGGUACUUUGGAGCAGCAGAUCAACGCUAUCGAGUCAGCCAACAUCAACAAGGAGACCCUGGCAGCCAUGAGCGACGCCAACGCGGCAAUGAAGCAUAUCCACAAGGGUCUCACAGCAGACAAGGUGGACGCGAUUAUGGACGAGCUGCGAGAACAAAACGCCAUGAGCGACGAGAUUGUCAACGCUAUUACCCAAACCCCAAUGGGCGACGCCAUCGAUGACGACGAGCUGGAGAACGAGCUGGAUGAGCUACAACAGGAGCAGCUUGAUGAGCAGAUGCUCAAGACAGGCACUGUCCCUGUGUCGGAUGCCGUGCACAAGCUGCCCACGCCGGCUUCUGCGGAGCCUGUAUCAAGCAAGAAGCAGGCCGUGGAGGAGGACGACGAGGAAGCCGAGCUUCGGAAACUACAGGCCGAGAUGGCCAUGUGA